UUUCUCCCGUCCGUCUCCUCGUUGUGCGCAUGUGCACGAGCUUCCGGCACUUGGGCGCCUCUCCUCCUGCUCAGUUUUGCCGCGCUGGAGUCCGACGCCUCGUUCUGCGCAUGUCUGUUCACUUUGGUGCUAAAGGCGCCUUUGUAGAAUCAGCGCUCGCUGCGGUUCGUCUGGCGGAGUGGAAUGCGUUUGCAGGUGCGUGAAGAAGAAGAGGAGCUCGAUAUUCUGGUAGAAGCAGAUCCCUUAGCAGAGCAUUCCGUAAAUUCCAAAAAGGCCAACGUGAAAAUGGUCCGACUUCUACCAGACUCAGAGAAAAUUACAAACCGAAUUGAUCAAUUAGGUGUACCUGGCAGAAGUGUGGCUAAGAUGAUGGCCAGAGCACAAAGGUUUGGCCUUCUUGACUCUGGUGAUGGUGCUGUUUCAGACCCAGUGGAUGAAGGCAGAGAGGAGGAGGAGAAUGACGAUGAUGACGAGGAACUGGAUAUUUUGGAAGAGGAUGAUGUCUUCCCAGAGCAUAGUGUGAUGUUCAAAAAGGUUGACCUGAAAACAAUCCAAUUCAUUCCCGAGGAUGAGAGGAUUAAAAGGAGGAGCAAACGGUUUGGUGCGCCGGUCAGCAGUUUAGCAAAGAAAAUGGCCAGAGCUGUGCGAUUCGGUCUUCCUAGUUUUGAUAGCAGGCCAGGUGUGGACUCUACCCAAAACCAAAUGACGGAGAAAGGCCAGCAGGAUGUUCCUGUUCUCGGCUUUGCUCUUCUCCUUUGA